CAUGGAAGGCACAAUAAAAUACACACACCACAAUAUAGAAUAUGUCAUAAAUGCUCAUUACAUGUAUUUGAGAGUCUAUUUUGGCAUGAAGAGUGUAAUGACCAGGCUUAAUUUCUGUCUUUAAUUAAUUCUCCCCCAAAAAAUAUUUUCUGACCUCUAGGCUCAUUUUGCUCCGGUGACGUCACACAUCGACACUCCCUUUUCCCCAGUAGAGGGAGAAAGAUGGCGCCCACACACGUACUGAGAUGCUGUCAACGGGGCUUAGCAUGGAUACCUGUGAUUUUUAUCGCCCUGGUCGUCUGCUGGUCGUAUUACGCCUACGUGGUGGAGCUUUGUAUAUUCACCAUCCCCAGUAUAGGAGAGCAGAUUGUCUACUUGAUCUUCUUCCACCUCUCUUUCAUCAUGUUUGUAUGGUCUUACUGGAAAACCAUCUUCACUCAGCCUGCCAACCCCUCCAAAGAGUUCUGCCUGCCCAAGGCUGAGAAGGAGCGCUAUGAGAAGGAAGAGAGACCAGAGUCCCAGCAAGAGAUCCUGUGGAGAGCCGCAACCAGUCUGCCUCUGUAUACCCGCACAGGAGCCGGAGCAAUCCGUUACUGUGACCGCUGUCAAGUUAUCAAGCCAGACCGCUGUCAUCACUGCUCCGCCUGUGACAUGUGUGUGCUGAAGAUGGACCACCAUUGUCCCUGGGUGAACAACUGUGUGGGAUUCUCCAACUACAAGUUUUUCAUCCUCUUCCUGGCUUACUCGCUGGUGUACUGUUUAUUCAUUGCAGCCACCGUGCUGCAAUAUUUCAUAAAGUUUUGGACAAAUGAGCUGCCAGACACUCACGCCAAAUUCCAUGUCUUGUUUCUCUUUUUUGUGGCGGCCAUGUUCUGCAUCAGUAUUCUAUCCCUCUUCAGCUACCACCUGUGGCUCGUGGGGAAGAACAGGUCCACUAUAGAGGCUUUUAGAGCACCAGUCUUUAGGACGGGCUCUGAUAAGAACGGCUUCUCUCUGGGUUUCCGGAAGAAUAUCGCUCAGGUCUUUGGAGACCAGAAGAAGUACUGGCUGCUGCCCGUCUUCACCAGUCAGGGAGAUGGUCUGACGUUCCCUACACGGCUGGUCAACGCUGAUGUAGAGCAGGCCACGGUGACCCUGCAGCCUGAGCCCAGUAAAAGUGCUGCUGAUGUCCCUGUGAGCCCCGUCAGCGAGUCGCAGGAUCGCCUCCUGAGCAACGACCAGCAUGCCAACAACAUCGGAGACCAUCAGGCUAAUAACACCCUCAAAUCAGCUGAAAGUGAAACUAUUACAAUCUCCCUGGAGAGCGAGUCCUAACCAGGAGAAACUCCUCAGUCAUCUAAUACGAUGCCUUAAGCAACGCAACAGUUAUGUUUGUCACCGUGGCAACAGUCUCCCAGCGCAACCCCAUCCCCACAGACCCAUUCACAGUAACUAUGGAAAUGCUUUUUUUUUUUUUUUUUUUUUUUUGGCCCAUCACAGCACAGUAAUGCAUCUAUGGCACUGGCGUCUUGGCAUGCAGUGUCAGAAGCAAAUCUCACACCUGCCCCCACAGGACAUGUGAUACAAGCUUGUUCCUCCUCUCACACACACACACACACACACACACACAUGCUAACACUCAUACAUUCAGCUGUAUACAUAUUUCCUCGUGCUGUUUUGUUUUUCUCACAAGUGGAGCAUUUAUCGCUGAUGAAAAAAAAAAAUCAAGAAUCCUGGAAGGAAUAUGAGCUACUUUUGGUGUUUAAUGAGAGAACUUUUUGGUGCCAAAAGCUUCCUGGGUGCACUUGGACUCAUUUUAUAGUCGCAAAGCUGCAGUGAAGAGUUGGGGACAAGCUGGAGAAGUAUUUGUUUGAACAUUUAUGUUUUUAGGAAGGCAGUACAUCCCGAGGAGAUGGAUCAGUUUACCUGCGUGAUAGGUUUUUUUUGUCAUUUAUUUUUAACUCAUAAUGUUGGAGCGCAUCUGUGAUCCGCAACUUGAGAUGGAUGUUUCCCACCAAAAACCUGGACUAUCUCACAGAGGACUCUUCUGCACGGUUCAGCGGACUGGACCCAGUGCACAACAGGGAAGACUGUUGCCGGGUUUUGGAUGGCGACUUGGAUAUCAGAGCACAAGGUGGCACAUUUGCACUUUGUAGAUUAUCAAUGUCCAUCAAACAACGUGCUGCUUUUUUUUUUUUUUUCUUAAAUCAUAUCCUAAAAGCAUCCCAGGUAUAAUGGAUGUUGGAUGAUCAUGUGAUUUAUGGCAUAUUGUUUGUGUGUGAAUGUGUGUAACAGUUGAAGUGGCAGUCUACUAACAACUAAAAGAAUCGGCUUGAUGUGUUUUCGUGGCCAACCUGUGUUGCUGCUUACUAACGAACAGUCUGAUCUGGGAGAUGCGUUUCAAACAAUGUGCAGCGUCCGUCACUUCCUGUUCUUUUUAGAGUCAUAUGUAAGUAUGCUGACCGGUGAUUCGCAGCCUGCAAUGUCUACCGCCUGUUUUUUCUAUAGCUCAGCCUUUACUAAGACACCAACACUCAUUGCCAAAUAAGGGCUGACCUGUCAGGAGCUCUGACCUCUGAACCUGAAGUGUUUACAGCAUCCUAGCUUUAUCUAAACCUCACUGGCCAAUAUCAUCAUGACCAAAUUCUAUUAACCAAUCUGUGUGGCGCAAUAUUUUCUACAAGGUUUGUCUGUCCCUCCUGCCCGUAGCGGGUCAUGAUGUCCUUGCAAUACCAGUGCUGGCCGGCAGGUGGCGACACAGCUCCUGUUAUCUGCCCUCAUUCAGAUGGAGGUCUUUCUGAACUUUAUCAACAUGUGGCUCAGGGCUCAAUUCACUUUCAGUCUAAUUUGCAGGUGCAGCCUUCUUCAGAAUUAAAUCUUCUCACAACAUGCAAAUAAUAUGCAUUUUUUUCCUGUAACAACUCAUCUAGGAUUUCAUUUGGAAUGAAAGUGAAUUGAACCCACCUGAUCUUAUGUGAAACAGGUGUCGACUACAGCUUCUUCUCACUUCGUAUACUCUGUAUGUACCUGGGAGUCAGCUCAGUGUUGUGACCUCGAACUGUUAAAGGAGCCUCAGUUUGUGUUAAACUGUUUUAUUGUGUCAGUGUUGAACACCUGGGAUGUGACAGUGACUCAGAGGGUCGAACAAAAUCUGUAUCUUAAUUAGAUUUCAGGACACACACAUGCAUAUCUGUUAAAAACUGGACAGUUUCGUCAGUAUAACCAAAUAACAGCUGUUCAGGAUUAAGUUCUUUUACCAAGGAAUUUUGUUAUUUAUUAUGCAACCUUCCGACUCACAUCGGAGGGAGACCCAGCAAAUGAUGUCUGUCGUAACCCGUGUCUGUCUGAUCACAUCCCUGACUGUCGCUGGAAGAGCCUCCUACUAACUAGAUCCCACCCGACUCUGGUGAUGUAAAAGUUUACAGCUGUUUCUAUCGUGCUGAGUGAGCUAGUGGUGUCGUACGGUGUGUUUCUCGGUAAUCAUUGUGCUGAUUGUACCACAGACGGGAUAGUGGGGGGGAUCUGAUCAAAUGAUGGGAGCGUUAAAAACAGCCCGCUCUUUGGACUUUAUGUUUACGUUUUGUCCUUCCAAUCAUGUUUGAUCUUUUGAGCCCGAGUGUAUUUAUAAGUACUCUUUAGAAAGCAGUGAUUGGAGGACAUUUGUUCAUGGUGGCUGAGUAUCAGAAUCACACUGUGGUUUAAUCUUUAGCAGAUUAAAUUACGGUCAGAGAUCACGAUCCAAGCCAAGGUUCUGAUCAUGUGUAGAUCUUUUUUAAACCUCACACUUUAAACAUUUAGUUAAAAAAAAAACCAUGAAAAAAAGACAAAAAUAUUUCUUUGUCAUCUUUAAGGAGCCUGGUUCGUUCCCCUCAUCACUUACAGCCACUGACUGAAACAUUGGACCUGUCGUCUUGUCGUUUUACAAAUUGCCUAUAUUCUCUCUCCGGGCUUUUGGCCUAGAGACUAAAGUGCGCGUGUGUAUUUUGUAAUGCUUAAUUGAGUGUUCUUUUGUAAUAUUGUUGUCUUGGGAGAAAUGCUUCUGUGCAGCCAUGAGAUUUUUACAUGUCUGUGUACAUACAUAACAUCUGACUAAUGCUCAAAAGCAUGGCGCCUAACUUGUGUAAUUAAAAAAAAAAAAAAGUGUUUUACCAUGAUAACGGGGAUUAUGGUGAUGGUGUUAAAACAGACUGUGGGGUUUUUUCAAUUAUUGCUAGGUGCGUCAUGUUUUAAAGGAAUACUUCACCCCCAAAAUGAUCAUUUGUAUUUCAUUUAAUCACACAAGUUACGUUGAAUUCAUGAGGAAAACCUGGCUUUUCUCUCUUUCCUCUAUGACGAACGAAGAAUCCAAAAACAGAGAAAGUUCUUGAUGAAUUGAUGUCAAAGGGGUCCACGUUUAACAACAGCAAAACUAUAUCAAAACAUCUGUUCACAAACUCUUAACACCGCUCAAGCAUAAUCCAAGUCUCAUUUAUCAAGUUGUAUGCUCAGUACUUCCAAACAUAUGCAUUUUAACGAAAAUGUUAAUGUUCAAAACACCUUGCAUAAACAGCUCGGGCAAGCUACUAGACUUUUUACGCAGAUGUGUUCGUAAUAUUUUAGUGAAAAUACAUGUGUUUUGGAAGUACCGAGCACACGACCGAAUGAAUAAAACCUGGAUUGAACUGCACAAGUUGUUUGAGAGGUUGUAAACAGAUGUUUUAAUACAGUUUUGCUGUUGUUUAACACCAACCCCCAUUGCCUGUUUUUGGAUUCUUCGUUCACCAAAGAGGCAUGCGAGAAAAACAAAGUUUUCUAUAUGAAUUCAGUGUAACACGGGGAGAGUAACUGACAUACAAAUGGUCAUUUGGGGGGUGAAGUGUUCCUUUAAAUAAGCUUUACUCUGGUCUGUCUCAACUUUAUAAAUGAAGCCAUAAAAACUGCUGUGAAAACAGAAAGGAUUUAAAAAAUUUGAGUCUAAUUUCAUUUAAUUUUUUUAAAGACUGUAUAAACAUUUUGCAUCUGUAUUCACACUGCAGAUGUAGCCUAUCAUAACUUGCUUAUUGCUACACUUUGGUUUCUUUUUGUUACAAUGUCCUAUUUUACAAUGUGUGUAUAUAUAUAUUGAUAAUGUAAGAAAAAGACUACAUAUAUAUUUUUCUUGUCUGAUUAAUUUUACUGUUCCUAUUUUGUGAAUGAAGUACAUGCCUCUACACAAUUAACGUGAAAAUAACAAUAAAUGUUUUUUUAAACCUCCCGUCUAA